AUGGCUCCAUGCAUGUGCAGGGCGGAAGGCGGCUGUGAGAGAGACUACCAUUGGGCAGACAAGCCCCUCCAGCGGUGCUACGUCUGCUUCCAGCUUGGCCACCUGUGUUGCUUGAGUGCCCCUAAGAAGAUGAAACCUUCUUGCUACAACUGCGGGGAGUCUGGCCACCUUGGCGAUGACUGCCAGCGCACAAAGACGCCAAAGCUGUGUGCAGAAAGGAGUGGCAAGGGCAUGGACGCUGUGGUAGACGACUACGACACCGACAGGUUCUCAGGAAGGGGCAGGUGGGAAAAGGACUCAAGAUCGCCUUAUGGCAAUGAACCCCGAAGGAGGCCAUCGUAUUAUGAUAGAAUCUCUCAAGAUCCUCGGGCCAGCUGGAGCAAAAACGAUCAUGCUUCCCUGCCCUCCUCUCGCGACUCCUACCACAGGGACAGGUCAAAUUCGCUGGGAAGGUGGAACUCAGCACCACAGGGUUGGGUCAGCGGGAGCUCUGGAGGGCACAGGAGCUCAGGCCUGGAUAGCAGACCAUCGCAGCGCUACUCUGCUGAUUCCAGGAGCGGCCAUCAUGCAAGAAAACACAACUCUUCACACCGGCGGACCUACGAAUGA